AUGAUAAUGAAAUACAUCUCUGUUGUCGUCUUAAUAUUUACAACUGAAAUGCUCAACACUUACAAUGCUAAGGAAGAGAAUUCAUUAGAACCAACAUCGAUUCUAUUCAACUUCACUGAUCCCCAAACCACUGCAUUUGAAAAUUGGAUUGAGGUAUCAGAUGCAAUUCUAAUCGGAGGGCGGUCUAAAGCUACAAUCGUACCACUCAAUGGAACGAAUUACCAAUCGGCAUUAUUGUUCUAUCUACUCAAUCCACGAGAAAAUGGAUCGAGUUUCGCUGGUGUCUACAGGCAAUUGGAUACUCCGGAUAUUUCAAAAUAUACAGGUGUUGUGAUUGAUCUACAUAGACAGGGUGUAAAUUCUAAAUUCCAAUUUAUACUCUAUGGCGAAUGUUCAGAGGUGCGAGAUUGUGAAUCACAUGAGUCGCGAUUCGAG